GAAAGAAGAAAGAUUUUCACUGCGGCAAAGCACAACCCAUACUAAGAAAAGAAUCAAGGACAAUAGAUCAAGAGCUGCGUCUUCCCCAGCUGUACGGCAGGCACACCCCACCGAGCUGGCUGCAAGGGGGGAAAAAAAAUCAGAUUUGCAAACACCCAUAUCACAUACAUCUGGAUCGUAUUGUAAGACGCGUGCACCCUGCCACUCCCUCACACACACAGCCUGACACUGCUACACAGCGACACGCUGACUGUGACCGGACAAGAUGUCAGACAGUGAGGACGCACAGAGACAAGACGCUGGCGAGCAGCAGGCGGCAAUCGGAGAACAAUUGGAGGAGACCCAAAGAUUGACCUCCCAGUGGAGUGUGGAAGACGAAGAGGAGGCGGCAAGGGAGCGGCGUAGAAGAGAGCGGCAGCAGCAUUACCAGCUGGGCGGUGAAGGGCAGUCCCCUGAGGAUGGAAAUGAAGAGACCUGCUCUCCGUCAGAUGAGCACAUGGGGCUAAAGCCAGCUGGAACCUGGGAAACAGAAGAAGAUGAAGGAUUUAGUGACUGGUCACAGAAGUUGGUGCAGAUGAAACAGAAGGGAGCAGCUCAAGCCACAGAAGAAAGAGUGGAAUUCAAACAAAUGGAAGGAGAACCAAAUGGAGACGUAGGAACUACAGAGGAAGAAGCUGGAGGUCCACAGCCAAAUGUGGAAGAGGAGGAAGAUGAAGGGACAUCUCGCUAUGAAGCAGUUGAGGUGAAUGAUGAAGGAGAUCCUUGCAAUUACGAACACAGCAGCUAUGAGGCCGGUACAUCAGAGACAAUGACCGUCACUUCCAACCAAUGGGAAACAAGAGAGUCUAAUGAUAAUGAAGAAGAGAACAGAGCACCAAGUCCACAUCCAAGAGAAGAACCUCAAAACCUUGAGCAAGUGAUGGAAACAAAAGUAUAUCAAUUCGAGCCUUACAAUGAGCAGAGAGAAUCAGACGGUGAUAGAUGGAGGUCCGAAGAAGUGAACAGGCAGUCAGUGAGCAGUGAUGGAGAGGACAAUGAUGGCACUAUUACAGUAAAGAUCACUGAGAGAGCAGAGGUCCUGAACCGCACCAUCGAGAAAAGCAACAGUAUUAAGAGAAGUGAGCCUCCUCUCCCAAUCAACAAGAUUGAUGAUCGCCUGGAGCAGUACACGCAUGCUAUAGAGUCGUCCUCUAAAACAGGCCGCUUGGUUCGACAGCCAUCUCUAGAACUGCUAAGUCCAGCAGAUGCAGUGUCAAGCAAGAAGAACAUGUGGGAGUCAGGGGAUGUCACCACAGCAUCUAAGUUGUCCCCUUGCAAGGACACAGAAGGCAUAAACAUUGCUGUAUCGGACAUGAUCAACCAGUGGGGCAAGGGAAAAUCUGAACCAGAUGGCCAAGUACCAUCUCCAAAAGUCACAGAGGUGAAGCCGGGAGAUGUGCUCAGCAAAAAAAGCUUAUGGGAGCAGAACUCCAAGUCAGUACAGAGUAAUAAGAAUGCGAUGCCAAAAUACAAAUUUGUUCCAACUGGACAUGGAAAAUAUGAGAAGGUCAGGAUGGACGAGCCUUGAUGAGAAAACUUGAUUACAAUCACGAAAGGAACAAAAUCCGUCUUUCUAUUGCUGAAAUAUGAAGUCCUGCUGCCUCCUCUCUACCUGGAUGCAUCAACUCCACCCUUUGAGCUUUCGCCCCGUGUCCUUUCCGGAGCUGUGUAUUAAAGUGCUACAAGUCACGACGCAGCUCCACCCUGGAGAACUAGCUUCACAAACCAUCGUGCCUAAGUGCUGAGCUCAGUACUCAUGUCAUAUCUAUGUCACAAUUUGUGACUGCCGAGCCUUUACCAUUGCAAGGAUCCUCAUUGUCCAUGCUCUAGGCUGGCAAAUUAGUUUACUUUUUGAUCGAGUAGCUGCCGAUGUCAAUUUUUUUAAAUUUCUAAAAUUCUCUUUCAAUGUGCUGCUUAAGCUUUCCGCUGUAUUGAAUUUUCUGCUCUCUGAUUUACUGCAGCAGCGUUCAAGGCCAAUAAGUGGUAAUUGGGUCCAUAUUUGCUGGUACAAAACUGGACUUAGGCACAAAAUCAGUAAUGUAUAGCACACAUCUCUAUACGGUCCUCUAUACUCAGCAAAAAAGAAAAAAACAUCACAUGAUGUCCAAAUCACCCAAUCACAGUGGGUCUUUUUUUUUAACAACUUUUUUAUGCUUUAUAAAUAAAAUACUGAAAUAUAGGUCA